AUGGCAGCCGUGUUGAUGAUCAUGAGUGGUGUAUUGACCCAGCAAUCAGCCAUGCAAGGUGUCGAUAUUAAUACCAUUGGUUUACUCACCGGAAUGAUGAUCAUCGUCGGUAUCACUCGAGAAUCAGGUGUAUUUCAGUACCUAGCAAUUCGCUCUGCAAAACUAGUUAAAGGGGAUCCAUGGGGAAUUCUGGUGAUGCUGGUGUUCGUCACUGCCGUACUGUCUGCAAUAUUGGAUAAUGUGACCACCGUAUUGUUGAUAGCACCCGUAACCUUGCUGAUCACCGACACACUGAAAUUAAGUGCUUACCCCUAUUUGUUUGCGGAAAUAUUUGCCGCCAAUAUCGGCGGUACGGCCACCCUGAUCGGUGACCCACCUAAUAUCAUGAUCGGCUCUGCUACUGGCUUGGGGUAUAACGAUUUCCUGUUUAAUCUAGCACCUAUUGCAUCCACCGGCUUGUUAGAAAUGUUAGCACAACAGGUGCUGGCAUUAACCGACGGGGACAAAACCGUAACCGCCAUUUCAAUUCUGUUUGUAUCCGCCGUUGCAUCUGCCAUUGUUGACAAUAUCCCCUUUGUCGCCACUAUGAUCCCAUUAAUUAAAAAUAUGGCUGCUAGUUUUGGCGGAGCACAGGAGUUAAUACCCAUUUGGUGGUCAUUAGCACUAGGAUCCUGCCUGGGAGGAAACGGCAGCUUGGUGGGAGCCAGC